AGGAAGAAAGAGCUGCUGUGUUGAGGCCGAAAACUCAGACACAACCAGGACCUAGACGCAACUGGAAUAUUUCAAGGGAAUGGAUUUAAAGUCUACCGGACACUCGGAAGGUAUUUUUCAGUAGCUGAGCUUCAGAGGAGUACCGUUUCAGUCUUCGUACUGCCGCUGUCUUGUGCCGUCGCGGCGGUUUCUCCCUCCGACUGUGUGUCUCUGCCUGCUGGUCACAGUAAUCCAGAGCUGCCGCUGUUUUAAUGAGACCGAGGCUGCUGUGUGGCGACGCAACCACAAACCUGUCAGAGAUUUAAGUCUUCAUCCUGCCGGGAGGAAACCUGAAGGCUCAGCUGUUGUUGCUGCUCUCCGGGGUUAACAGCUGAGGCUGCUGGACAUCCCGAUAAAGCUCCAACUACAUGGAACAAAUGAACGGCGGGGCACCGUGUCGUUUUGCGCCAGAAGUGUUAUGAGCGACCUCCAGACAGCCGUCUCCCUCUGAGCCAGCACCGGGCUUCCCUGCUCCGGUUCAUGGACUGACUGGUCCUGGAAGCAGCAGUUUGAAGCCUCUCUGCAUCAGUGCCAUGAAUCAGCCUGGACAACAGCUGCUACCCACAUAGAGGUCACUUUACCUCAUUUUCCAUUAGCUUUGUACCAGAGGAUGCUGGGAAUGUGUCGUGGGCGCAGGAAGUUCCUGGCGGCCUCCCUAGCCCUGCUCUUCAUUCCAGCACUCACCUGGCUUUACCUGUCAGUCGGUAGCUUUCAAGUGAAGCCCCUUCCCUUGUCUCCUUUGGAAGCCCAGUCAUCCACGCUGGUGGGUGGAGCCGGUGAGCGGCAGGCCUUAGAGCUGAGAGUCCGUGCGGUGGAGGAAGAGAACAGGGCACUACGCCGGGAGCUCAGUCGGCCACCUAGGAGCCCGUCUGCACGCCUUCCAAAUAGCAGUCACCGUGGCAACCAAAGCCGAACCCAUUCAGAGGAAGGCACUGGCGACAAUGAGGGCCAGAAAGCUGCAGCAGUGGGAAACAGCUCAGACUGUGUGCAGCAGCCAGUGGUGGAUAAGUGUGAGACCAUCCACGUGGCCAUCGUAUGUGCAGGUUACAAUGCAAGUCGAGAUGUGGUGACACUGGUCAAGUCUGUCCUCUUUCACAGGCGGAACCCGCUUCAUUUCCAUUUUAUCACAGACUCCAUUGCUCAGCAGAUCCUGUCCUCUCUGUUCCACACCUGGAUGGUUCCUGCCGUCAAGGUGGAUUUCUACGAUGCAGAUGAACUAAAAUCCGAAGUGUCAUGGAUCCCCAACAAACAUUACUCUGGGAUUUACGGGCUGAUGAAGCUGGUGCUCACCAAGACACUACCAUCAGAUCUACAAAGAGUCAUUGUACUGGACACAGACAUCACCUUUGCCACGGACAUCGCUGAACUCUGGGCCGUGUUCCAUAAGUUCAAAGGUCAGCAGGUUCUGGGUCUGGUGGAGAACCAGAGUGACUGGUACCUGGGGAACCUGUGGAAGAAUCAUCGACCCUGGCCGGCUCUGGGCAGAGGCUUCAACACUGGGGUUAUUUUGCUUCUCCUGGAUCGACUACGGAAGCUCAGAUGGGAGCAGAUGUGGAGGCUGACGGCAGAAAGGGAACUAAUGAGCAUGUUGUCCACCUCUCUGGCAGACCAGGAUAUCUUCAACGCUGUGAUCAAACAGAACCCAUUCCUGGUUCACCAGCUGCCCUGCUUCUGGAAUGUCCAGCUGUCUGACCACACCCGCUCGGAGAAAUGCUACAAAGAUGUGUCAGACCUCAAGGUGAUCCACUGGAACUCUCCCAAGAAGCUGCGAGUAAAAAACAAGCAUGUGGAGUUUUUCCGCAACCUUUAUCUUACCUUUCUGGAGUACGAUGGUAACCUGCUGCGUAGGGAGCUGUUUGGCUGUCCCAGCGAGGCCGACCACAACAGUGAGAACCUUCAGAAGACUCUGUCAGAGCUGGAUGAAGAUGAUCCUUGCUACGAGUUUCGUAGAGAGCGAUUCACUGUCCAUAGAACACACCUCUACUUCCUCCACUAUGAGUAUGAACCCAGCUCUGACAACACUGAUGUCACUCUUGUCGCCCAGCUCUCUAUGGACAGGCUGCAGAUGUUGGAGGCCAUCUGUAAGCACUGGGAAGGUCCCAUCAGCCUAGCCCUGUACCUGUCAGAUGCAGAAGCCCAGCAGUUCCUGCGCUACGCUCAGGGUUCCGAAGUGCUGAUGAGUCGUGGAAAUGUAGGUUACCACAUUGUCUACAAAGAGGGACAGUUCUACCCAGUCAACCUGCUGCGAAACGUGGCCAUGCGGCAGGUCAACACACCCUACAUGUUCUUAUCAGAUAUUGACUUCCUUCCCAUGUACGGCCUCUACGAAUACCUCAGGAAGUCAGUAGUGCAACUGGACAUGGCCAACAACAAAAAAGCUCUGGUGGUUCCUGCCUUUGAGACACUGCGAUAUCGCCUAUCAUACCCAAAGUCUAAAGCUGAGCUGCUGUCUCAGCUGGACAUGGGCACCCUCUUCACCUUCAGGUACCAUGUGUGGACUAAAGGCCACGCACCAACAAACUUUGCCAAAUGGCGGACAGCUACCACACCUUACAGGGUGCAAUGGGAGGCCGACUUUGAGCCCUACGUCAUGGUGAGGAGGGACAGUCCUGAGUACGACCGGCGCUUUGUGGGCUUUGGCUGGAACAAGGUGGCUCACAUCAUGGAGCUGGAUGCACAGGAGUACGAAUUUGUGGUUCUACCCAAUGCUUACAUGAUCCACAUGCCUCACGCGCCCAGCUUUGAUAUCACUAAAUUCCGCUCCAACAAGCAAUAUAGAGUCUGCCUGAAGACCCUGAAAGAGGAGUUCCAACAAAACAUGUCACGGCGCUACGGCUUUGCCGCCCUUAAGUACAUGACAGCUGAGAACAACAGCUAGCCACCACUGCAGACCUUCACACCCCGGGCCAUGAAUUACUGACAUGGGGGUGGGGAAGGACCAGGCACAAGAAACAGACGGCCCAUGUGGGGUCAGUGGAAUACUUUGAGAUUUGAGUCCCUCAGACUUUGUCAGAACAUUUGACCCUCAGUGUGGGACUGCAAGGGUCUUUAUGUCCAUACUUUGUCCUGCUGUGGAUAGAAGAGAUAAUCCAGGAGGAGGUGUACUUCUGCCGGGAUGUUAAAGCUAUGAAAAGCGACAUGAGUGACUGCUGGGCCUGGGCCCCAGCUGUGUGAGCACUGAGUCCCAGCUGUGGAAUCUAACAGACAGCAGGCAAAGGGAAGCAGACAUCCGAUGCCAUAUUUGUAAGACCAGUGACAGAGUUGUGGGCUUUGUGUAACAUUAUGUAUGUAUGUAUGUAUGUGAGUGUAUGUGCAGGGAAAUGAAAAGUGUGACUGUGUGUGUUCCUCCAGAACGGCGCUUAGCAAAAACCUUUUGGAGAACUGAAGAUGGGAAGCAGUGGCUGCACGCUGCAAAGAGGAAAGCCUUCCAAGUGCCAUGAAGUAACAAAAAGCUGCCAGUUUGACUGACAGCACACCCCGACUCAAAUGCAAAUUGUUAGCAGGCGGUGAGAUAAGACAAAGCGGUAUACGUGUCCACAAAGAUUUUGAAAAUCUCAUUCUGACGAGUGACACAUACCCAAGAUAUCGAGGCGAGCAGCCAGCCAGCCGACCAUCUGCUGCUGCUUAAUUUGUUUCAUAGCUGAUACAGAUCAGAAUAAAUCCUCCUCCUCAUAUGACAAGGGAAGUUAAGUGCAUGGAUGGCUGGAGGUCAUCCACUCGGUUGAUAUUCAGGGUAUCUCCACAUCAGUCUGAGCGUGCUGCUAGAGAGUGUUCCACUGUUUUGUUAGGAUUAAGAAUCUGACAGCAAUGGUGUGGUGUGUUUUUCUGUGUAUUUCAAAUGUGACUCCAGUGCAGCCUGUACAAACACCUGCUGUAAGUUCCGUUAGUGAAGCUGCCAUACCACCACAUCGAGCAGCAUCAAGGCCAAGCACCAGUCACUGAGCUCUCCCUUUACUUUUCUUUCCAACAAUCAGCAUUAUUUCUUAGUGUGUUUACAGUCCUGAUAUGUGCAGCGGUCUCCUCAGUGCACCAUCAAGAGGAUGUAGGAGGAUAGGAAGGACAACCUCUUCCAGUUGCUGUCAAACUCUCAAAUUCUGUGAAAAUCCAACAGUUACAGCUUCUUGCUCUCAUGCUCUUUUUUCUCAUGGUGGCCUCUAGUUCAUGACAUUAUAGCUACCAAAUCAGCCAGUAACACACUGGCAGUGUGUGUUCUUGUGUUGCUGCCACUUAGACGAGUCAUGGUGAUGCUGAUAUGGGUGUGUUAUGUAUAUUCUGUCUCCUCUAUUCAGCUGCUGCUGCAAACAAAUCUUGUGUUAUCUAGAGAGACUGUGGACACCAUGAGCAGACUGACAGUCACUUUAAUAUUUUGAUAUUAGGUUUUAUUAAAACCGCUGUUGAGUAUCUACAUCAUAUUUGAUUAUAAUAUAAAUGAAAACAAAAGCAGGCAUGAAGGCAGUAGUGUGAGAUCUCCCCAGUUAGUGAAGGAAUAGUCUUUGAAGAAUUAUAUUGAUGCUGGAAGUUACAAUAUCUUAAAGAAUGUGAAAAGCCCACUGUGAUUUCAGAUAAGGAUAUUAUUUAAAUAUUAUAAUGGGCUUUAAGUGAUAAAAACAAAUCCAGAUACGAUCCCGAUGUUUUGUGGUUUUCAUCAGAGGCAUCGCUACGCUUGUCUGGAGGAUAUCGGCAGCACACCUGGAACUGUAUGGUAACUGACCAAAAUGGCAGAAUAACAUGUCCUUAUUAGCUAGGCUCCUGGAAGAAUUAAGGAAAACUCGAUGUUGGACUUCAAGAUGGCAUCCACUCACCUCAAUGAAAAUCGCCUGCCAGGUGCAUGAACAAAAAAAAAGUUUCUUGUACAGCCCUCUGCACAUGCUCAUUCCACUUUCCUCCACUGGUCCUGCCUAUGGGUUUCCACACAAAUAUGAAAGGUCUGUGAAUUAAAAAUUCAUAUUAGAAAGACAAAAAAACAUCCUUGUUUGCAGUAAGAGGUGUCCUGUCAACUUUUUGGGCAUCUGAAUUUUUUAAUUGCAAUACUAUGAGUGACCACUUGGACAAACUGAUUGAGUAGUACUGCCAAAUCACUUAUAAUAAUGCAUUAAAGCCCAGGCCCCCCACGCCCCACACUUGGCUGUGCAGCACUUUUAACGUAAUGGCUGAGCUGCAUUACUGCUUCUUCUGCAUUCAUUGCUUGAGGCACACUGGCAUUUUUUCCACACACAUCCCUCAAAAUGGCUUAUCAAAUUUUGAUGCAGUCAGUCCAACAAUAUUUCCAGUGUGUAGAAGCGACGUAUGACAGGAAUUCAGUUGACUCAGAUGACAGGUGCAUGCUCUAGACAGAUUCAACUGAGCGGUAAUCGAUGAGCAUGCUCCGUGACCUCGGAAUUCCAGAAGCAUGUGGUACAUCUGGGUACCUCCUGGAGUAAGCUUAAAGAAUGUAAACAUAUACACCAGUGAGAAACUUUCAUUUGAAUAAGGGAGGGUCCAUCUUGGAGUCCAUUCAUCCAUCCAUCCCUCACUUUUCUUCCACUUUCAGUAUCGGCUCUUGGUGCAGCAGGCUAAGUAGGGCAUUCCAGACAUCCCUCUCUCCAGCAAGGUUUUCCAGUUGUGUCUGGGGAGGAGUCCUCCUGGGGAAUUCUCUGGCCGGAUGAGAGGUAUAAUCCCUCCUGUGAGUUCUGGUUCUACCCUGGUGUCUCCUGCUAAUUGGACUGGAAAACUUCCAAAGCAAGGUAUCAAAGAGGCAUCCAAAUCAGAAGUAUGAGCCACCUUAGCUGGCUCUUUUGACAUGAGGGAGCUGCGACUAUUUUGAGCCCCUUCGGAAUAUCAUCUUAUUUUGGAGGCUGAGCCCUGCCAUCCUACGGUAAUCUUUUUGUUGAUUUCUAGGUCAACACAAUGUGAGUUGUAGAAUAAUUUGCGGGGACUACUUUUUGAUUGCGUGACUACUCCAGCUGAGCCCUUCUGGCUUCCCCAUAAAUACCUGCUGCUUCAAGACACUCCUAGGCCAAAUAGGCGUAAAAGCCCUCCUGCUUGAUAGCCUCUUUCACUGCUGGUAUCCACUAACACAGUGGUUCCCAACCUGGGGUCCGUGCCCCCUCAGGGGGGGCGCCAGAGAUCUGAGGAGGAACACAAGGCUUUGUCUGCUCUGAGGCUGUGAUGUUAUAAAAAAUAGAUUUUUACAUUCUGGAUAAAAUCAGAAUAACAGACUCACUGUGUCAUCAUAAGUCUACCUAUAAAACAUUUUUAAAACACAUUUAUUUGGUCUUUCUUCAAAAAUCAUUUGCUACUUCGAUGGCCACACCUCCUUGACCUUUCAACUUCUCUCCACGCUUUCUUCACGUUGGCUCACUAGAUCAUCCCGAUUCAUUAGUUUGUGUGCAGUUAGAAAAUUACUGACGGGAACGGUGUCUGAAAAACGCAAAACGGGUGAAGAUUCAUCAGUACCUAAAAACUCUGGCUAUACCUCUAGAGUUACCUUAAAUUUGGUUUUAGUAAAGUACAAGACAGAAUUAUGUUAUUUGUAGUGAAAUGCUCGUAAAUGACAGCAUGAAGCCAACGAAUUACGGCGACGUCAGAAAACAAAAAGUUCAGUAAAGUCAGAAAGAUGUUCACAGAUUCGGACUUCCAGCAUCAAUAACUCAUUAAAUAUACGUUGUCUAAACAUAAACGAUGCCUCUUUUCCAUCGUUGUAAUGUAGACAAUGUGCUACAGUUUAAUCAAAAGUAGCUGUCUUUCAAGCUGCAGAAAUAACAUUGGUGUCUAUGAGCAGCCGGCUGUGCGACGAGUGAACAGGAACCGUCUGCAAAAUGCAAAACCACUGCAAACAGCGAAGAGCCACAAAUAUUCAACAAAUUUACUUCAGCCAGCAACUGACUCCUGCUGGUUGUACUACAACUCUUGGUUUGAUAUGAAUUUUUUUUUCAUAAUUGUAAGGACUUUUUUAGUAAAAAAAAAUAAAUAAAAAAAUCAAUAACUUAACUCUUAUGCAUUGUAGUGUCACCAAAUUUACGGCAGCCAUAAACUCUCUCCCUUUCGUCAUAGUACAACUCUUGGUUUGAUAUAAAAUACAUUUUUUUUUUUUAUAAUUUUAGGGAGGGGGGGGGUUAAGAGUUGAAGAUCGGAGAGGGACAGGAGCCUCCACCAGAGAUUCCCAGUUCUCUCCCACUACAUAUUUGAGUUUAUUAGGUCUGUUCAGCCAUCCCAUCCUCAUAGUAGAUUUCAAAUCCAGCUUUGUCCACACUUAGCCAUAUUGCCUGCCAUUCUCAAUGCAGAAUGUGUGAUGUGACUACAAAAUAAGAGGAUCUUGACCUUGCCUUUGGACUGUAUUUUUCAGUUGUUGUUUUAACACCAAGAACCUCCAAAUUUUUAUGCGCAAUGUUAAGCCAAAACAAAUUAGAAAUCCUAAAUUUAUCUCCUCCGUAACAACUGACCCAGGCCUACCCAACUGUCUCCAGGAGAUCGGGUGGUCCUUGGUAAACAGAGCUCAGAUAAAGAUGUCAGUCUGAAUCAAACUAGCUUUCAGUCCAUAUAUCGUUGUGAAACUAGAGGCCUCUCUCUCUCUCUCUCUCUAUCUCUCUCUCUCUCUCUCUGUAUAUUUAUUUAUAUAUCAGGUAUAACAUUAUGACCACCUGCCUACUAUUGUAUUGCUAGCAUUGUAUUUUCCCCACUUUAAUGUUUAAGGUCAUCAAACAUCAAAGCUACCUGGCCCUGGGUGAGAAAAUAAUUGCCCCCUAAACCUAACUGCUUGGGCCACCCUCAGCAGCAAUAACUAAAAUCAAGUGUUUUCUAGAACUGCCAAUGAGUCUUUCACAUCUCUAUGGAGAUAUUUUGCACUCUUCUUUGCAGAAUUGUUUUAAUUCAGCAACAUUGGAGGGUUUUCCAGCAUGAGCUGCGUUUUUAAGGUCAUGCCAGCAUUUUGAUGGGAUUCAAGUCCAGACUUUGACUAGGCCACUCCAAAACCUUCAUUUUGUUUUUUCAAACCAUUCAGAAGUCAACUUGCUGGUGUGUUUUCAAUCGUUGUUCUGCUGCAGAACCCAAGUGUGCUUCAGGUUGAGGUCACAAACUUAUGGCUGAACUUUCUCCUUCAGGAUUUUCUGGUAGAGAGCAGAAUUCAUGGUUCCAUCGAUCACAGCAAGUCGUCCAGGUCCUGAAGCAGCAAAGCAGCCCCAGACCAUCAGACCACACCACCAUGUUUGACUGCUGGCAUUAUGUUCUUUUUCUGAAAUGCUGUGUUCCUUUUACGCCAGAUGUAAUGAGACACACGCCUUCCAAAAAGUUAAACUUUGGUCUUGUCAGUCCAUAGAAUAUUCACCCAAAAGUCUUGGGGAUCAUUCAGAUGUUUGUUUGCAAAAGUACGGUGAGCCUUUAUGUUCUUUUUGGUCAGCAGUGGUUUUUGCCUUGGAGCUUUACCAUGGAUGCCAUUUUUGUCCAGUCUCUUCCUUUUUGUUGAGUCAUGAACACUGACCUUAACUGAGGCAAGGGAGGCCUGCAGUUCUUCAGAUGCUGUCCUGGGUUCCUUUGUGACCUCCUAGAUGUGUCGUCGCUGUGUUCUUGGGUAAUUUUGGUUGGCCGGCCACUCCUGGGAAGGUUCACUACUGUUCCAUGUUUUCUCCAUUUGUGGAUAAUGUCUCUCACCAUGGUUCGCUGGAGUCCUAAAGCUUUAGAAAUGGCUUCAUUACCCUUUCCAGAUUGAUAAAUGUCAAUGACUUUAUUUCUCAUCUGUUCUUGAAUUUCUUUGGAUGGCGGCAUUUUGUUGCAGCUUUCUGAGAUAUUUUGGCCGACUUCAUUUAGUCAGAUAGGUUCUAUUUAAGUGAUUUCAUGACUGAACAGGUCUGGAGGUAAUCAGGUUUGGAUGUGAUCAGUGAAAUUGAACUCACAUCCCAAAAAAUGUGACUCGCCGAGGGGCAAUUACUUUUUUCACAUGGGGCCAGGUAGAUUUGGAUAGCUUUUUUCUCUUUAAACAUUAAUCAUCAUUUAAAAACUGCAUUUUGCAUUUACUUUGGUUAUCUUUGUCUAAUAUAUAUAUAUAUAUAUAUAUAUAUAUAUAUAUAGACAGACAGACAGACAGAUAUUGUACUGGGCUGGGCGAUGUAGCUGAAUAAUGUACCAUGAGAAAGUGUUUCAUAUCAUAGCCUAUUUUUAGAGCAGGGGAAAUAAACAUAUUGUAAUUUAACCACCUCACUUACCUUUUGAACUACUUUGAAUGUAAGCUUUUUAUUUAUCAAGGCACACAACACAUAAUUUUAAUGUUAACAAUGAAAAAUGCACAUAAAUAAAUACAUUUACACAUAAACAAUAAAUGAGAGGGAUAGAGAUUAGGAUUAAGGAAUCAUCUAUCCUUGAUACAAAAUAAGAAAUACAGCAAGUAAUUCCAUCUCAAACUUUAUCAUCUAAGCUACUAUCUGUGUAAAUUGACCAGACAUCAUUAAGAUGCAAUCAUUAAACUAAAGUUCGGGCCCACAGAGAGCAACCAGGACAAAGCUGCCCUGGAACAGCUGUCAGUGGACAGAAACCUUGUUUUGAUCCUAAUGCACACUCUAAGGUCAAGUCCAUCCAUCUGAAGGCACCAAGAAUGGAUUGCUGUGGCUGCAGCAUAGUUGCUUGUCUUGGAAGGGCUUAAUGGAAGCCAUGGGGUUAGCAGCACAGGACAUAGAGGCUCCGUUAUCAAAGGAUAUGAUAGGCUGUUUAUGAGCCAGCAAGGGAGCAGCUUGUGGUUUGUUCAUGCAAUUAAAUCUUGUUAUUGAUGAAAUGUCUUUUGCUGGUACAUAUUUCUGUCAUCGCCCAGACCUAAUACACACUCUCUCUCUCUCUCUCUCACACACACACACACACACACACACACACACACACACACACACACACAUUAUCUCUCUCUCUCUGUCAUGACAGCAGUCUCUCAACAUGUACAGGGAAGCAGCAGAAGGGCUUGGUGCAUGAGUGGGUUGAGAGGUGUGACUGAAUAAGCUGUGUCUGAUUGUUGUGUGAUGUUCUGUGUGUGGACGUGUGAGAAUUUGAAGUUUGAAUCUUUUCUGAAUUCAUGUGUGUGGCUCUGCAGGGCUGAGAAGGACUGCAGUGUGUAAGUAGGACAGUGACUGAUGCUGCUACCUGAAUAAAAGCAACGAGUCAAACA